UAAUUUCUACCGGAUUAGCUUCUCUGACCCCAAAAAGGCAAAAAAUAAAAAUAAAAAAAGAAAAAAUCCGUUCAUAUUCUUCUACAUUAAGCAAGUUCUAUUCAAUCUGUUUUUCAAACCCCGUUUGAGUCUUGAGAAUUAAGGAGAUUGUGCUCUGAAUUGUAUGGAUAUGAAACAAAUAAAAAAGGGUAUGGGUUAUACUCAAAAAAACAAGAACUUGCUUGUUGCUUUAGGAGCUCUUGGUGUUACUGGUUUUGGUGCAUAUAAAGCUUUUUACUCACCAUCUAUGGUUAAAAAGAGGGAAAGAUUGUUGAAGCUUCUUGAUUCUGUUGUUUCUUUAGCUGAAAUGUUGUCUGAUUCUGCUGAUGUAAUUGGGAUUUUCUCUAAAGAUCUAAAGGAGUUUAUGUUAUCAAAUUCUGAUCAAAUUCCAAAAAGUCUGAAGCAAAUUUCCAAGAUUACUAAUUCAGAUGAGUUUUCAGAGUCAAUUGUUAAGGUUACUAGUGCUUUAACUAUCGGAGUUCUUCGAGGUUGUUGUAAUCAAGAAACAGAGGAAUUGGAUUAUGAUUUGUUCGAUCAGGUUUUAAAUAAACUGUUUUCUGAUGCAGGGUGUGGUUUUGCUUCUGUAAUUGUUGGGAGUUUCGCCAGGAAUUUGGUACUUACAUUUUGUUCUGUUAAACAGGGUUACUCUGUUCCUGAAUAUGUUGAUACUCUGAUAGGGAAUUGUGUGCAAAUAUUUGUGAGCACUCUUGUUACUGUUUAUCUUGACAAAACAAUGAAUAUCAACACUUACAAUGAAAUCUUUUCUGGUUUGACAAAUCCGAAGAAUGAAGCGAAAAUGAGAGAAAUGCUGGUGACCUUAUGUAAUGGUGCAACAGAAACAUUUGUCAAAACUUCUCAUCAAAUUUUGACAAGUACAGAAAUGGAUGAUAGAGUGUCAACUAGUACUGCUUUAACUGUGCCAAUGAGUAAAAGGUAUAUUCUUGAUUUGAGUGGGAGAGUUGUUUUCGAGUGUGUUAGAUCUUUUGUGGAGAAGUUGUGGAAGUGUUUGAAAAGAUAUGUUGAAUUUAUGAAUGAGGAGGUUUUGGAGAAGAGUGUUGAAGUUUAUAGGUGUGUGAGUUCCCAGUAUUCUGUUGUUGUUAGCUUAUGUCUUACUUUGUGUGUGGACAUACUGAAUGGUCCUUGGAUUUUGGUUAUAACUUAGUUCAGGGUUGUUGAGUGAUGAAUUUUAGCAGUGUAUGUUGUAUCUCAAAGUGUAUUGUCUCUGUUUUUUAGUUGUUGUAUUUGAUUUCUAUAUUCUAUAUUGAGUAUGAUCAUGGUUUUGGUAGAAAA